AUGGGGUUAGUGAACAAUGCCUUUCCACCUGAGGACCUUCUGAAGCUGCGCUAUGGUAACCUGGGCAUCGGGCACACACGCUACUCCACCACGGGCAUCUCUGAGCUGCAGAACUGCCAGCCCUUUGUGGUGGACACACUGCACGGCAAGAUAGCUGUGGCACACAACGGGGAACUGGUCAACGCAGCUGCACUGCGUAAGAAGGUGAUGCGUCACGGCGUGGGCCUCUCCACCAGCUCAGACAGUGAGCUCAUCACCCAGCUGCUGGCUCUGACUCCGCCCAUGGAGGAGCUGGAUGCCCCUGACUGGGUGGCCAGGAUAAAGAACCUGAUGCAUGAGACCCCUACAUCCUACUCACUGCUGGUGAUGUACACAGAUGUGAUCUAUGCUAUCCGUGACCCGUAUGGAAACAGACCCCUCAGCAUCGGACGCCUCGUCCCCGUUUCUAAACUCCACACUGCAGGUGCUGGCGAGGGAGACACAGAGGGCUGGGUGGUGUCAUCAGAGUCCUGCAGCUUCCAGUCAAUUGGUGCCAAGUACUACAGAGAGGUAUUGCCUGGAGAGAUAGUCCAGAUCUCCAAACACGGUGUGAAGUCCCUAAGCAUCGUCCCUCGCCCCGAGGGAGACCUCCCUGCCUUCUGCAUCUUUGAAUAUGUUUACUUUGCCAGACCAGACUCCAUAUUUGAAGGUCAGAUGGUGUACACAGUCAGGCAGCGCUGUGGACGGCAGCUUGCCAUUGAGGCCCCUACAGAGGCAGAUGUGGUCAGCACUGUGCCUGAGUCUGCUACUCCUGCUGCACUGGGAUACGCGGAACAGUCAGGACUACCGUACGUAGAGGUUCUGUGUAAGAAUCGCUACGUUGGGAGGACGUUUAUUCAACCAAACACACGCCUCAGGCAGUUGGGGGUGGCCAAGAAGUUUGGUGCGCUGACAGACAACUUUGCAGGCAAGCGGGUGGUGCUUGUUGAUGAUUCCAUCGUCAGGGGCAACACCAUCUCCCCCAUAAUCAAGCUGUUGAAGGAAGCAGGAGCCACAGAGGUCCACAUCCGUGUUGCCUCCCCGCCUAUCAGGUUCCCCUGCUACAUGGGGAUCAACAUCCCCACAAAAGAGGAGCUCAUUGCUAACAGGCCAGAGUUUAAGGACAUUGCUGGCUACAUUGGUGCCACCAGCGUGCAGUAUCUGUCAGUGGAGGGCCUGGUGUCAGCGGUGCAGUGGGGAAUCCCCUCCCUCCAGAAGGAUGAGCGGAUCAGCACCAACACCAAGGCCAGCAGGAGAGUGGGCCACUGCACCGCCUGCCUCACAGGCAAAUACCCUGUGGAACUGGAGUGGUGA